AUCAUCGUUUAGUUAUGUUCACGUAGCACUGAAGAAACCCUUGUACCGAAUCUCUUUGUAUCUAAGAAAAUAACGAUAAUAGACCAACUAGUAAAGUGCUUGGAAGUGCUUUGUUCGAAGUAGAGACGUUUGGUUUUGUUGAUUAUCUUCCGUAAUUAGUCGCAUAAAUACAGUUGAGUAAAUGGUGAAGAUGACACCGCUGGACGAGGGAAAGAUAAGGCAAGGUUUAGUGAAGUAUCAGAAUCCAGAUACCACCAGAAAACAUGUUAUCAGUGUUCUAAAUCUAUAUAUAGGUCUACAAUAUGAAGUUGAACCAUUUGUAUUCAAUGAUGGAUCACGCAAAGAAUUAUUCAACUUAAAAGGGACAAUACCUGUCUCGUAUAAAGGUACUUGCUACAACAUUCCUGUAUGUAUAUGGCUAAUGGAUACCCAUCCAAACAAUGCACCCAUGUGCUAUGUUAAACCUACAGCUGACAUGAGCAUUAAAGUCAGCAUGUUUGUUGAUCAUAAUGGAAAGAUUUAUUUACCUUACCUCCAUGAUUGGGUGCCACAUACAUCUGAUUUACUCAGUCUAAUUCAAAUAAUGAUUGUAACUUUUGGGGAGCAACCACCUGUAUAUACCAAGUUGCGAGAAAACACGCAAUCGAGUUCCACCCCGUAUCCUGUACAGCCCUUUAUGCCUACGCCCGGAAGUCACGUGCCUGGCUCUAACUUUCCGUACCCACAAAACUCUCAAUAUUCAGGUGGAAGUAAUGUAUAUCCUCCUUACAUGUCUACCUCGUCCUCCGUAUUCCCCUAUCCAGGUUACGGUUCUUACGGCGGAACCGCUUCAAAUUAUCCAUCGCAAGGCUACUGUUCUUAUCCAUAUCCACCAAUAACGCAACCGUCUGCUGUAGCGCCUGGACUUGAUAUUGGUGUAGGGGGUACAAUAACGGAAGAACAUAUCAAAGCGUCCUUACUAUCAGCCGUAGAAGAUAAAUUAAGGCGAAGACUCAAGGAGCAAUUUUCGCAGCUGCUAGCCGAAUUGGAAACGCUACGUCGAACGCAACAGGAACUCACUACUGGAUCCACCCAUCUGGGUGAUAUAUUCGACAAGUUAAAGAGAGAGAAAGCUGAACUCGAAAAGAAUAUAACUAUACUUCAAGACAAAGAGGCUGAGCUAGAGAAAGAGAUCGCCAAACUUUCCGAUAACCAGUCAAUAGACGUUGACGAAGCUGUUACCACUAUUGCACCGCUUUACAAACAAAUGUUGAACGCAUUUGCGGAAGAGGCUGCCACGGAAGAUGCAAUAUACUAUCUUGGCGAAGGUUUGCGUUGCGGUAUCAUCGAUUUGGACGCAUUUUUGAAACAAAUCAGGCAACUUUCUCGCAGACAAUUCAUGUUGAGGGCACUCAUGCAACGCUGUCGCCAAAAAGCGGGACUGGCUGGUUAAAUAAUUUAUUCUUAAGUUUUAUAAAGUUGCGCUAUUUAAUAUAUUUUAUUUUAUUACAAAUGAUGCAUACAGUACGAAAUAUAUGAAUUCCAUGAUAAAUGAAAGGGAUACAAAUAUAUUGGAGAGGCAAAGAAAUAUCACCGCGCGAGUCCGGAAAGUCUUUCGUAUGGAUUGUAUACUAUGCAUCAACAUAUUUUUUGUUUCAUAUUGUUCACGUUUUGUGAUGAAACAAAAAAUAUUAUAUACUUAUAUAUAUACAUAUGUAAAAGAACAAAUGCAGGUUUAAGUAUUGCAAGAGGUAUAAACAUACUUGUUUAACAGAAUUAUAUUUCUAA